AUGCUGUGUCGUACAGAUCUGCUGGUCUCUUGCUCGAUUCACGAGGUGCACGAAAAGGUCACCGGCUGCAAGAUCACGGAGAGAAUGUUUGCAGAUGGCCACGGCCCCUGGGGAAUCGCUGAACACUCAACUGUUCACGUGGAUGCGACAUUACGUCCACUGGCGGACCACGAGGUGAAAAAUGCUAUCACAGUGCGGAGACUCAGCGACUAUUUCGACUUUGGCGUCGUGUUGGCCGCCUAUUCACCGGACGCAGCAAUUGCAGUGGGCUUUGACGAUCACACAGCCUGCAGCUGGAAUUUCUCCAACUCCAGCAAUGUGGACGGCGAACUUCAGGGAGAAUUUUACUUGAUGGAGAGAGAUCAGACGCUACAGGUGAAUAUGAUGUUCUACCCAAAGGAAGGGGGACUACAAACGGCGUUGCUGGUGCCCUGUUGGAAGCAGAAGAGCGCAGCGUUCGGAUAUCCUGUGAGUGCAGACGAGUUCGUGGCGUAUCCGAUGGUUGAUCCGCUGCUGCAUAUGGACGCGGAGUUUGCUUUCCGAAAUCCGUACGGGUUUCUGCCGGGAUUGCUGUACGGGUUGCUCCCAUUCAAGUGA